GCAGGUUUGGUUGCGGCGUCGGCUGUUGAUGUAGCUGUCAAAAGUCAGGCUGUCCGUCGCGCUGAGAGCAGCUAGCAGGUAGCGAUGCAGUUCCUGGGCCGGCUGCUGGACACCGUCUCCUCCGUGUCGACCCUCUUCACGAACCCUUACCGGGUCAGAGACGUCCAGCUGUCUGAUUAUGGAGGAGGAGGCAAAGUUCGGCUGAAGGAGGAAGGACGCAUGGUCCUGUACAAAAACACACAGUACCAAUCAUGGGACUGUGUCCUCCUGUCCCCUGAAACGCCCACUGUGGCUCUAAGGCUGUUUCAGGUGGGGUCAGAGGAGGAUGCCAUGAACUGGUUCCCCCAGUACGCCCUCAAGCUGCGGCCUUUCUACGAGAUUCUGCCCCUGAAGGCGGACACGGUGCAGACCAUCGUGGACUGCAUUCGCAGCCAUCCUGACUGGAGCUCUGCUCACAUCGCUGUGGACACGGGCAUGAGAGAGUGCCUCAAGCAUAACUACGUUCAGAGUCAGAUCAACGCGCGGGACGCGUCUGGCCAGACGCCUCUGCACCUGGCGUGCGAACGGGGCGACUUGGCGUGCGUGAAGGAGCUGCUGGACGAGAGCCAGGCCCGCACCGACAUCAGAGACCAGAACGGAGAAACCCCCAUGCACUACGCCGCCAAGCAGGAUUCCCCCGUCAUCAUCCAGGCUCUGUGCUCACGGCUGUGCUCAGGGGUGAAUGAGCUCAACAGCAACGGAGAAACGCCGCUCCACGUGGCCUGUCGCCUGGGCCGGGUGGAAUCCGUCAAAGCCCUACUGGAGGGGGGGGCCAAGUGCGACACCAUGGGCAGCACAGGAAACCCCAUCCACACCUCCAUGAAAUACAGCGAGAAGGGCUGCGUGGAGGAGAUUCUCAAAGCAGAUCCGUCCCAGCUGCAAGCCGAAGACUCCAUGUACGGAGGGACGCCCCUGCACUGGGCCAAAACCGCUGAGAUGUGCCGCAUGCUGCUGGACCGCGGCUGUGAGAUAAACUACCUCAGUAAGACCGGCGAGAGCGCCCUCCACAUUCUGACCAAGAAGGGCCGCUUUGAGGCCGCCAUGGUGCUGCUGACCCACGGGGCCAACGCCAACCUGAAGGGCCAGGACGGAAACACGGCCCUGCACCUCGCUAUGAAGAUGGACCACAUGGAGCUGAUUAAAGGUUUGAUUGUGUUUGGCGCCGAUGUUGAGAUCCACAACGACCUGGGAGAAACACCCGGGCUGAUCGCAGCUCGCACCAGCAAAGGUCCUAAUAGAAAGAUCCUGCUGGACAUGCUGUGUAGUGUAGGAGUGCAGCGCUGCCUUCCUCGCUCCCCCAGCAGCCCUCCUCCUCUGCCUCCUCCUCCGGUCUCAAACAAGUCCAAGCCUCGAGCCAUAGGGUUUGAGGACAUCCUGUACGUCGGGGCUGCAAUCGGAGCAAUCGGAAAAUCUGAAAUUGAUGGACAAGUAGCGGAGAAAAAGAAGAUAGACAGACUGCUAUGUUUGGACGGUGGUGGUAUCAAAGGCCUGGUUCUGAUCCAGAUGCUGAUCGCCCUGGAGAAGGAGGCGGGUCGGCCGACCAGGGAGCUCUUCGACUGGGUCGCUGGGACGAGCACCGGAGGCAUCCUCGCGUUAGCAAUAGUCCAUGGUAAGUCCAUGGAGUACCUGCGCUGCCUGUACUUCAGAAUGAAGGAGCAGGUGUUCAGAGGGUCCAGGCCGUAUGAAUCGGCACCGCUGGAGGACUUCCUGAAGAAAGAGUUUGGAGAGAACACAAAGAUGACAGACAUCAGAUUCCCAAGGGUCAUGGUGACCAGCGUUCUGGCCGACAGACAUCCAGGUGAGCUCCACAUCUUCAGGAAUUAUGACCUUCCGUCUGUCCGCAGAGAGCCCUCCUACGCCACCACCGCCACCUUCAAGCCUCUCACCAUCCCACAAGGGUGGGAGGAUGAGGAUGUGUUGAUAGUAGGAUACACAGAUGAGCCGCCCAGAAAGCGUAGGAAGGUGACAGAUGAAGAACAACUCGUAUGGCGAGCCGCCCGCUCCAGCGGCGCCGCACCCACCUACUUCCGACCAAUGGGCCGCUUCCUGGACGGAGGGCUGUUGGCCAAUAACCCGACGCUAGACGCCAUGACAGAAAUCCAUCAGUUCAACAAGUCAUUAAAAGCUGAGGGUCGUGCAGCGAACAUCAAGAAGCUGGGGAUUGUUGUUUCUCUUGGAACAGGCAAACCUCCACAGGAAGUGGUGACCUCCGUGGACGUUUUCCGACCCUCCAACCCUCUGGAGCUGGCCAAGACGUUCGUAGGCGCCAAGGAGCUGGGCAAAAUGUUGGUGGACUGUUGUACAGACUCUGAUGGCUGCGCCGUGGACCGGGCUAGAGCCUGGUGUGAGAUGAUCGACACCAUCUACCACAGACUGAGCCCCCAGCUGUCCCAGGAGGUGAUGCUGGACGAAGUGAGCGACGAGGUUCUGGUGAACAUGCUAUGGGAAACGCAGAUGUAUCUGUUUGAGAAACGGGAAGUGCUUCAAUCCCUGGCGAAAACGUUGCUGUGAGGCUGACAGGAGAAAGAGACGACGGAGAAGGAGCACAGACAUAAACCUGCAGAUAUUUAACAAUCUACAAGAACAGCCAGUAUUCUAAGAUGAGGAACGAUUUUUGCUGCUUCCUGAAGGGCCUGUGUGAGAAACCACCGAAACUUUCGACUGAAAUAAUCGUGAACCAAAGGAAGUUUCAAACCUGACAGAGAUCUGGCACUGAAAGUAACUUGGCAUGAAUUUAUGAAGGGGAGAGACGUGUAGCACUGACCUUAGCACUGAUCUUAGUUAGCACUGACCACGUUUUCUGCUUUCUUUACCCUGUUCACAGUUUUUAGAUAAACUACCAGAAAGUUUACAAUAAAACUUCUCCAGUAUAACCAUGGAGGAAGUGGUAAAAACAGAAUCGCACAGAAACUGUCAGCGUCUGCUGCUGCUUCCCUGUCUUCACUUUGUUGAAGAGAAGCGCUUCAAGCCACGUUUUCUUUUACCCUCAAAUAUUCACACUUGGGUUUCUUGGGUUUUGUUUCUGUGUAGAGCAGCUGUGAAGAUUCACCAGAUCUGCCUGACACAAUGUCUUUCCACAUAUCAUCCUUUGUUUUCAUUUACAGGCCGUUUGUAUCGUUACAUUAUUUCGAUGCACUUACACUCCUUACUGCCUAUUUCCAAAUGUUUUCUGUCUCCAUAAUGUGAACUGGAAGCUUUUUGCAGAGACUUAAAUGUAACAGAUCAUGGGAGCUGCUGCUACUUGCAAACACAACAAAAGCAAAUAAAUAAUGAUUUUGUAUUGUUUUUUUUUCUAUCAUAUAUUGAGACAUUUACUUAUAUGGUAAUAAAUUUUAUUACGACUGGCAUAAGA